UGCGCGCAUGUUCGCUGAUCUUCAUGUUAGACUCAUGUAUGUUGGCAAGAAAUGAACAGGACAAUCGAUUUACAAAUCAGAUGAAGUCACUUCGGCCAAAUGCGCAGACUCGAUGACACGCGGAAACGAGCAGCUUGUUUAGAUACAACUUUAAAUGGAGGAUCGAGCAUAGACUGUGUCCUGCUGGAUUAGGUAACACUGUCGCAUGAAAUAUUUGCUGGUGAGGUUGGGAGGACAGCAUUUCUCACAGAACAUGGACCCAGGCUGGUUUAUUGGACAUGACAGAAUUUGUCCCACAGAAUCUGCGCAACAGAUGCCUGGCUCUUCCUGCAGGGCCUCAAGGCCUCGCAUGACUGUCAACCUGACCAAAAUGCUACAUGCUGAUAAACCUAAUUCAGAAAAGAAGCCGGUGCCAAUCCGCCCACCAAGUACCAGAGUCUCUUUGCCAAGGAAGCAUGAAUCCCAUCAGAGCCUUUCCUGUGAGCCAACACCAAAGCCCAUCAUCCGGCAGCGGUCACUGUCUUUGCCCUCCACCACACAGAAGAAGAGGCAGUGCAGAAGUGUCGGUGUGCGGUUUGUCGACUCACUGGGGCUCGAACUGGAAGACAUCAGGCUUUUCAAAUCUGGAGAUAAUCCAUCUAUUCCACAUCAUGUUUCCUUUCGGUUAUUGAUGGGUGCAGAGUUAGCUGAUGGGAGACACUUAGAAAUAUCCUUGCCAUAUUUGCAACCAGUUUUUGCUGAGCAGCCUGGUGAUCAGUCACAAUUCCUGCAUCGUCUCCAAGAGCAGAAAGUGUGUCUGGAAAGAGUUUUGUGUCUUGAGCUGGGUGUCAUUGGAAUCACUCAAGUUGUCAAUUUGGACUUUGAGAAAGAUGUCACCGCUCGCUAUUCCUUUACAGGCUGGAAGAGCUGCACAGAAACCAAGGCAUCGUGGGUGUCAACUGUCACCAAAACCUGGGAAGGUGGAGGGGGGGAGCUAAGUUGUGAUGUAUUUCGUUUCCACUUGCCUGUUCCACCUUUCCUGCAGCCAGGAGCAGUGUUAGAGUUUGCCAUUCAGUACAAGGUCUGUGGUUCUGAAUACUGGGAUAACAAUAAUGGGGAGAAUUAUAAACUAGUUUGCCAGAACUACAAGCUCAAUGUGCCAAAAGAAUGUGAGGACAGCAUGGUGCACUUCAUUUAGGGUGCUGAAGGGAGGAAGAAACUUUAUAAAAUAAUUUGAACUUUGAGCACUUUAUAACGGUUGUCAGCCACAUAAGUAAUUUUAUAUCUUUAGUGGAUAGAAUAUUUCAUAUUUCCGAGCUUGUUUGAGUCUAAAUGUAGGAUAAACUGUUCGUUAUGAUCUGAUGCACUGUGAUUUGAUAAGGAAGCGUGAACUUGCUCAAUCACUAAUUGUUUUGAUAUAACUGGCUUUGUAUUUAAUAAAAUUGCACUUUAAUGUGGAAACACCCAAGUGACACCCACUAAUUGUAGCAUAAAUAUUCAGUCCAACUGAAAUUAAUGAACAUGAUCUGUUUUGUCUAGCUGUAUAUUUGACAUGGAAAAUGAUUUUUCUAUUCUGGUCAGGUUUGCUCAGUGGUCAGAGAUUAUUUUUCACAAAAAUGUUUAUUAAAAGAAACAUGAAAUAUACAAAAUCAGGAUGCUUUUUUUUCUAAAUGUUUCACAGUUUUUGCUUAACAAUAAAGCUAAAUUGCA